UUGCUCCUGGAACAUGCUCUCCACAGUUUGGACUUCCCUUUAUAGAAGUGACUGGAUUUAGCUCCAGAUAGAGUAACUGAGAAGCUACAGAGGGGAUAGCAAGCACGCUGAUUUAAGCUAAACUUUUCAGAGGAUAAAUGCCAGGUUAUAGUUCAUCGGAUGUCCACUUGGACCUGUUCAAAAGUCCAGAAAAGAAAACCCCUGGCUGGUAUCUGCCACUGAUGGCUCCCAAUGAAAAAGGACCAAAUUACGCCUGGCUGGACCCAUCAAGACUAUACUGUAAUCGGCAUGCCCUAAAAGACUGCAUUGAAGAUUUGCUACAACCGUUUAAGGAUGACAAAAUUGAUUUGGUUGCAGGGAUUGAUGCCAUGGGCUUCAUACUGGGCGCUGCUAUUGCAUCACACUUAGGAAAAGGAUUCCUAGCGAUCAGGAAAGCAGGCCAUCUUUGUGUGAAGACACAUAGUCAGUCAUAUGUGGACUAUUCUGGCAAGGAGAAAAAAGCAGAGGUUCGGACAGAUGCCAUCAAACCAGGCCUGCAUAUCCUCUUGGUAGAUCAGUGGAUUGAAACUGGAGGAACCAUGAGAGCUGCUAUCAAACUGGUGGAAGAACAAGGUGGGGUUGUUGCAGGUGUUGCUACUAUUUGUAUUGAAGACAGCGCUGGAGGCAGAUGGGUGAGAGAAAAUUACAAAUGUUCUGACUGUGUUCCCGAAGACCUCAGAAGCCAGUUUAAUAGGCAAUUUCUGGACAGCUUUAAUGCCUUCAGCAGCAAACAGAUGAAUAAGGAAUGACAUG